ACGGGCGUCCUGGUGUAUGGCCUCUGCCCUACACUAGCUGCAAGCACAUUGUCCUGCGCAUCCACUCCCACCCCGCUGGUCACCGUGGGCCAGGGCUGCGUCCCCCAGCAGCCCGUCCUCCAAAAAUGGGGUGGUAAAUGCGGAAGAACGCCGUGACGAAGGACGCCGUGACGAAGGACGCCGUGACGAAGAACGCCGUGACGAAGGACGCCGUGCAGUCGGGCCCCUUGUCAGGGGUUACCUGUGGAGCCGCCCCCCCCCCCUAUGCCUCUGCCCCCUGUGUGGGGUGGAGGCUGUGAGGCGUUUCUACGAUAAGGAGAUUCCGGAGUUUGAGUUGUCUUACGCAGUCGGAAGGCGGACGCCUUACCAGGUGGUCGACCACACCAUGACUACCAACAGCAAGUUUGACGAUCUUCUCGCCCAGCUGGGGACGGGCAAGUGGAACUUCAUGUUCUUCGUCGCUAUUGGAUACUGGAACAUGCAUCUGGCGCCGGCCAUCCUCUCCUUGCCGUUCCUGGCGCCCCAGGUCGACCACACCUGUCUGCCCCCGGACAACGGCUACACCGUCACCUCCUACACCGUCGACUCACACGGAAACAACAUCACCAGCACCGACAACUGCAACUACUUGGCGAACAGCACCAGUGACGGAGGCGGAGGGUUCUCCCAGGUGGCCUGUACCGCCUGGCUCUACGACAACUCCACCUUCACCUCCACCCUCACCUCCCAGUUCAACCUGGUGUGUUCGUCUGAGUACCUGAGGGCUACCUACUCCAGUAUGUAUAUGUUCGGCACCUUGAUCGGCGCGCCCAUCAACGGCUGCCUCUCCGACAGGUUCGGGAGGAAGACAAUGCUAACCGUUGGAGUGCUGGUGUUCUUCUCGCUCUCCAUCGGUGCCUGUUGGAUCCCUGUCUUCUCCGGCAUCCUGGGCGUCCGCUUCAUCCUGGGCCUGAUGCACCCGGCCAUCAUGCAGUCCGGCUACAUCCUCGCCCUGGAGGUGACGGAGCCGAAGCACAGGUCGGUGGUGGGCAUCGUGUUGUCGCUCCCGUGGGCGCUCAGCACCAUGGCGUGGGGCGGCGUCGCUUACCUCAUCCGGGAGUGGCAGUGGCUGCAGCUGGCAGUCUCCCUGCCAGCCCUCCUGCUUCUUCCUGCUCUAUGGUUUCUUGACGAGUCGCCACGGUGGCUGAUAGUCAACGGUCACUUCGAGAGGGCGCUGGAGGUCCUGCGGCGGGCUGCCCGCUGGAACAACACCUCGCUCCCUCCCACUCAGGACCUCACCCUCCUCAUGAGGGCCAUACAGAAGGAGUCGACCAUAGCCAAGGAGGCAGCGCGGGGCGAGCCGUCCGAGGACCAGGGAUGUCAACAGACUACAUGUCACUGCUUCUUAAGGCGUCUCACUCUCUUUAGGACGCCUAAACUUCGCCUCCUCACCUUGGUGCUCUCCUUCAACUUCUUCAUGGUGUCGGCCACGUUCUACGGAAUGUCCCUGAACGCCGUCAACUACAGCGCCGACCCCUUCGUGUACAUGGUGGUGGGCGGCCUGGUGGAGGUGCCGGGGUACACUGUGAUGGCGCCCAUCGUGGCCCGCCUCGGCAGGAAGUGGCCCAACAUAGUCUGCUACUUCGUCAGCGGCACCGUCAUCAUGGCCCUGGCCUUCAUCCCACCAGGUACCAUGUGGCUGGUGAUGACGUUGGCCAUGGUGGGGAAGAUGUGCAUCAGCGCCGCCUACCAGAUCCUCUACCUGUACACCAUGGAGCUCUUCCCUACGGAGGUGCGCCUCCAGGGCCUGGGCUUCGCCACCAUAGCCUCCAGGGUGGGCUCCAUCUUCUCCCCAUUCAUCACCGACUACCUGGGCCCCGUCUACCCAUCGGCGCCGUCCCUGACGUUCGGGCUGUCAGCCAUCCUGGCGGGCUUGUCCAUGCUGCCGCUGAGGGAGACGCUCGGGGUCAAGCUCCCGGACACCAUCAGCGACCUGGAGGACCCCCAGCCCCAGCGGUAUGACAGAUCAGAUAAUUCCACCUCUGAGGCAGAGAUGGCUAAACUCCGUGCCUAGGACCUCUUCCGGUUGUAGCGAGGAGUCCUCUGAUACCCAGGACCUCUUCCGGUUGUAGCGAGGAGUCCUCUGAUACCCAGGACCUCUUCCGGUUGUAGCGAGGAGUCCUCUGGUGCCUAGGACCUCUUCCGGUUGUAGCGAGGAGUCCUCUGGUGCCUAGGACCUCUUCCGGUUGUAGCGAGGAGUCCUCUGAUACCCAGGACCUCUUCCGGUUGUAGCGAGGAGUCCUC